CUCAGUAUUAUCAAGUCAUUCGAACCAACAUUCAGGGUGACCUCUAGGAUGCUCUUAGUUGCUGUAUCAGGUCUCGGGACAUAUACUACAUCAAGAAGCGAGGUGCUUCAGUGGCUAUUGCAGCAUGAUCCAACUUGCAGGAUUGACGAAGUUUCCAUGGUUGAGUUCCUCAAGCCCGGUAACAGCAUUUCAUUUGACAUGCUACUAUCUUAUCAGCCGCAACGGCUCACAUGUCCCCUGGUUUUUGCCUGUGCCAGGUCCGUAGAGGCCUUGGAAUUGCUCAUACGCCAAGGAGAGGAUAUUUCCGAUCCAGAUAUUAUCGACGCCAUGACAGAAGCUGUUCUGAGGACGGGUCGUGAUGAGGACUGGAUUUCCAAAAUGCUAGGCCAUAUUCAAAAGCAACGCCUGCGCAUUACAUCCGCUUCAUUAAAAGCUGCGGCUGCGAAUAAGAACACGUCUGGUGCUAUAAAGUGGGUCUUAGACUACGAUUCCACUUUAGAAAUACCUUCUGAACUCUUCGAAGAGGUAGCAUGGACGCCUGCUAGUGCUCCAAAGUUGGAACUCUUAGAAAAGAGGAAUAGAGGAGUUGAAAUGACGGAACGAUUGUUUAUAGCAUCAGCAAAGUCUAAGGAUGUAAGAACUCUUCGAUGGGCGCUAGACCGAUCUGAUGUUGUGCAUAUUACACCUCGAGCCCUGGAAUAUGCAGCAGGCGUGUAUUCCUACAAAACGGACAAUGUUACCCGUAUGAAAUUGAUCACAACCAAGAACCCAUCAAUUACUAUUACAGAGGAAACAUUGAGGCGGACAUGCCAGAUUGCAUCGAGGGAUAUUAAGCCCCUAGAAUGGUUAUUGGCCGAGUAUCCUCAGCUGUCUCUCACAGAAAUUCCAAUGGCUGCUCUCCUUCGGGGCGGACAAUCUUCAGCAGUUGUGAAGACCAUCAAGGAGCACCUCCCGAAACUAAACAUUACGCAGACCCUGUUGACUGCAGCUGCUAAAAAUGAGUUUACGGAAAAGGCCUUGGAGUUGAUAUUAACUUUCGACAUCGGGGGAUUACUCUCGGAAUCGAUUCUUACAACUAUAGCAGGAUCCAAGCAUGCGGCAUCAAAAUUUAAAGUUCUCCUCAGGCUGCAUUCAGCCUCUGUGAGCGUAUCAGAUAUUGUACUUCGAGCUGCGUCUGAGACUCCCCAUGGAUCAGGUGCACUGCAAUGGCUGGUCUGGUUCUCAGAACCCAGAAAGCCGAACCAUACGCCUGUUUUGCCGUAUGACGCAAUGGUAUGGUAUCUUAAUCGAGAUCCAUCACCUACCAUUACGCAGAAGAUGCUUGUGGCAGUGGCACACCAACCGUGGGGUGGAGAUGUGCUAGCCCUGCUUCUCAAGCGCAACCCCAUAUUUAUCAUUUCCAAGGAGUUGAUGGAAGCAGUUUGCUACAACUGGGAGUUUGGAGAAACACAAUGCAGGCUCCUACUCAGCCACCAUAAGCACACCAGGGUCUCGGAGGAUAUCCGCUCUGCGGUCUUGAAAUGGGCGAGCGGUACGACGUCCAGUAUAUAUAAACUUAUCAGGAGCAUAACGACGACAUUGAUUUUCGGUAACCCCUGA